AUGGGCCAAAGAUUGUCAUUGUUGGCACCAUCAGCUCCUACAAUUGCUAUAUCCUCAUAUGUGGAUGCUUUAGAAAACUACCAAUACGUCGAGUUGCUCAACAACUCCCGAUUCCUCAAGACGAUUAAGGCCAUAGAUAAUACUACAGGCAACUUUGUCAUCAUCAAACUCUUGAUCAAACCAUCGACACCAUCAUACACCCUUCAACUCCAAGAUGUAUUGGAAUACCUUGUCAAGGAGUCAUCAAUGUUAUACCCAUUUAAAAGCAUAUUGACAUGGCAUAAACUAAUUGAAACUGAUCGAGCUGGUUACAUGAUUCGAGAAAUGGCCAAGAUCAAUUUAUACGAUCGACUAUCCUUACGUCCAUUCCUAGAGCCAGUGGAAAAGUUAUUCAUCACCUUUCAAAUGUUGAAAACAGUUUGCGAGUUGCAUUCAUUGAAUGUGCAUCAUGGAGAUUUACGGUUGGAGAAUAUUCUCGUCACAUCUUGGAACUGGAUCCUCUUUACUGACUUUGCCAGUUUAUGUAAACCUACAUACAUUCCAGAAGAUAAUCCCAAUCAGUUUUUUUUUUAUUUCGACAGCUCAGGGAGAAGGGUGUGCUAUAUAGCCCCGGAAAGGUUCUACAAUAGCCAAAAAAAUGUGAGGAAUAUCCUGAAUUUCAACGAUGAUGGAUCAUUCAAUUUUAAAAAUAGUGUGACCGAUGAGAUGGAUCUAUUUAGUCUAGGGUGUGUUAUUGCCGAGCUAUGGUGUGAUGGUGAACCAGUAUUUACAUUGUCGCAAUUAUUCAAGUAUAUGAAGAAUGAAUUUGAACCUGAUUUUUCAAACAUACAAAACCCACAUAUAGUCAGUUUGAUUCACAAAUUGUUAAAAGUUAACCCAAGUGAGAGAUCAAGUGCCCGUGAGUUAUUGGAAGAGCUUAGAGGUAUUUGUUUUCCUGAAUUUUUUUACACGUUUUUGUAUGAUUUUAUGGAGGGUAUAAAUAAUCAAGAAAACUUUAUUCCCGAAAACCAGAGUGACAACUAUGUCACGCCAAGUGAUUUGAAAAUCAAUUACAUCUUUGACAAUUUUAACGAUGUCAGUGGGUCUUUGGGAUUUGUCUAUAAGAACCCAGAACCUUCUCGCAAGGUUCUUCCCAUGAAGAUGAAUCUUCCCACGAUGCCACAGAAUUAUCGAAUUCAACCCAAAAAAUAUAUUGAAAAUGACGGAUGUGAAGCCUCUUUGAUUAUUAUAAAUUUAAUCACCUCCUUGUUGAAAACUGUGAAAUUAACUGAAUCUAAAAGGAAAUGCUGUUUAUUAAUAUUAGCAUUGUCAGAACAAAUUAAUGAUGAGUCCAAGUUGGAUCGAUCGUUGCCGUACUUGUGCUCUAUAUUGGAUGAGUACAUCGAAGCUUCUGCAUACAAUUUACACCAAAGCGUAUCACCAAAAGUGGUGUGCUUGGCAUUGUACUCGCUUACAAGUUUGAUGUUGUCCUGCUCGUACAUAACCCCCAUCAAUGUCCUUGUUUUCCCUGAAUAUCUACUAACGAAAAUUAACAAUUUGUUGGUGUUAAAGAUAGAUCUAGAAUCGCAAAGAUUGAUCAAUAGUUGCGUUGCCGUGUGUUUACCAUAUCUUGCUACAGUGGCCAAAAAGUUUUGGUCCAUGUCAAAAGCAUUCAAGCAAGGCGGCAGUACAGCAAACAUCACCAACUUGUUAUCCGAAAGUGUCAUGAAAUCAGUGACUACUAUUCAUCUAUCAAAAGACCAACUAGACCACAGAUUUAAAGAAAUUACGUUGAGUAUACUCACGGAUCCUCAAUCGGCAGUCAAAGUAAGUUUACUUGAAAAUAUCCUCCCCUUGUGUCAGUUUUUUGGUAGGGAUAAAACAAACGAUAUAAUAUUGCCGCAUUUGAUUUCAUAUUUAAAUGAUCCUGAUCCAACGCUUCGGUUGGCAUUUUUGACCGCAGUUUUACAAAUGGGUCCAUAUAUUGGAGCUUUAUCAUUUGAGCAAUACAUUUUACCUUUGUUGUUACAGUCGAUUGGUGAAGGAGAGCAAUUUGUUGUUUUAAAAGUGCUUCGGAUUUUCAAUGCUUUUGUCCUGCAAAAGUUGAUCAAUUCUAGACUAGAGUUCAAUGCGUUGGAAGUUUAUACUGAACUAUUGUCAAAUUCAAUCUACCUUUUAUUGCAUCCCAAUGAAUGGAUUCGUCAAUCGUUGAUUACACUUAUUGUAUCUAUAAGCAAUAAUUUGAGUGAUGCUGAUCGGUACUGCUUUUUGUACCCGCUUAUCAAGGGGUACUUGGUGUAUGACGUGUUUGAAAUUGAUUGGAACUCUUUAUAUCCAAGUCUCACUCGACCUUUGAGUAAACAAGUGUUUGAUGCAAUGAUUACCUGGGCAUUGUCAUUUACCAACAAGUCAUUGUUUUGGCAGGAAAAGAGCUUUUCAUUGAUGAGUAAUAAUGGUCAUGUAUCGAGUAAGAACCUAGUAUCGUUUUCCAAAAACAUGGGAAAGUCGGUUUACAUGCCCAAGUUAAGUACUGCUGUUGUUUCCUACAAUAGUGGUAGAAAUAAGGAGAAUAUCCCCCUUAGUCCCGAGGAUAAGCAAUGGUUGCUAAAGCUUAAAUCAAUUGGGUUGGAUGACAAGUCGUUAUGGAAAGCUCUUGUUUUGAGAAGUUAUAUUUAUCGUGUGAGCAGGAUCUCCAAACCACAACAGUCACAGUUUGAUAAAAUGACUCUAAAGCCCAGGAAUAUAUUCCUUGAUCUUUUUUUCAAAACUGAACCUGUGGCCUCUGUCAGUGGACAAAAGAAUAAUAAAGUGGUUUUCAAGUCAGAAGAUAGCGUAUCUUUGCGGAGCUUGGACCAUUCAAAACUGCAUCAAACCUUGGUAUUGCCUAAUAUGGAAAGAGCCAUUGCCUCGGUUCAAACGAUUGAAGCAAAUGUAUUUGGAGAAAUGGAGUCAAGUCGAGACAGUUCUGCAAGAAUGUCCUGGAUGAAUGAUCCAACGGUGUUUCAUAAAUCAUAUCAUGUUGAUGAUAGCCGGAUCAUAACGUGUUAUAUAAAACAUACCUACAAUGGCGCGAAUCCGUUUAUCUGGAAUUACUUGCAUACGUUGACGAUUAUUCCUUCACUUGAUGAUUUUGUUGAGUUUGGUAAACCUAUUAAGGGAAAGACACGUGAUGGGUUUGAGAGCUUGAAUCUAUUCAAUUUAAAUGUACAUCGAACUAGCGAUGAUAUUGACGCAUACACAUGUUUGAGUACAUCGCCAUCAGGGGAAUACUUUGUUACUGGUUCUGAAAAUGGUUGUCUCAAAAUUUGGGAUAUUUCUAAAUUGGAUAAUAUAACCAGGGUCAAGAAUGCCGAUCAAUCGAUUGAUUUAGAGUCACGAAUUACAUCUAUUGCGUUUCUCCAUGAUCGAAAUUGUAUUGUUGUUGCCAGCAGAGACGCAAUUAUACGUGUAUUUCGGAUUGAGAUUGCCAGGAAUAAGAAUAAAAAAAUCAUCAAAUUUAUGAAGCCAAUACUUGUUCGCAAAUACACUCUGGAUUCAUUUAUCAUCCAUGUCGAAAACUUGGCCAAUAUCAUGUAUGCCAUUGAUUACCAACUGAAAGUGAAUAUAAUUGACAUGAUCACAAUGAGGCAAUUGUACAGUUUGCAAAAUCCGUUAUCGUUUGGCAUAGUCACUAGUUUUGUCUCGGGUACACGUAAAGAUAGUUGGGCCAUGAUUGGUACACAAAAGGGGUAUCUUACAUUAUGGGAUUUGCGAUUCAAGUUGCUUUUGAAAUCAUGGCAGAUUCAAUUGGAGUUAAUAGAUGGGAAUAAGUUUUCUAUUGAACAAGUAGAUGAGUUGAAGUUGGUAAACUCUUCCAAUAUUGAUAUCGUCAAGGCAAAAUUUGGAAACUUUGUGAUUAAAGAACGAUCGAUUUACAUUUACAUCAAGUCUAACUUAAAGGAGGAUGAGAUUUUAUUUGAGGUGCCUUCUUUGGAGUGUAAGGGAGUCAUUCGUGAGGGGAAUUUAGAGCCAUACAAGUGUAAAUUGUAUGACGUUGAUCGAAGCUCGUCGCGACAAACUAGAAUCGAAGAUUUGAUUGAUAAUUUAGGAUUAGAAGUCAAGUGA